AUGAUUCUAUCAUCUGGGUUUCCUUCUUCUUCUUCACCUUUCUUUCAAAUGCAUUUCCUUUUUCAUCUAGAUUUUGUCUGCCUUGCAAGUCGUGUGGCCAAGCUGAGGAGUAAGGGUUCUAAUGGCAAGGAGAACGGUGGGGAACCAUUUGUUACCGAUAAUAGGAAUUAUAUUGUGGAUUUGUACUUCAAAAGAGAUAUUGGUAGUUUGAAAGCUGCAAGUAAUGCAAUUUUGAGGCUGGCAGGUGUUGUUGAGCAUGACAUGUUUCUUGACAUGGCAAAUACAGUCAUUGUUGCAGGGGAACUUGGGAUCACCAUCAAGAAUAAGCAUAAGUAG